AUGACGCCAGACAUUUGUUUUCAUUCUCUUCUUCUUUUCACCGGCGAUCGUCGUCUUCCUCGGCCUGGUGGCCGUGUCCCUGGCCUCUCCCCAAAUCCAGGACCGCGUCGUGGCCUCCUGCGGGACGACAGAGUCGACCAGGGCGACGGCAACUUCAACUACGCCUUUUGCCGCCGACAACGGCCUCGAGAUGGAGGUGUCCGCGCCCCAGGAGCCGAAGGUGCCGUCAGCAUGAGGGAUAUUAUACUGCCCCUGGAAUCUGGAGGAGUCACCCGCGUUGAGUUCGUGGCCGACGGAGCUGGAUUCCAGCCUUCCAGCGACAUCCUGCCAACUCCUCACCCUCUCCCUGAACACGUCCGGGAACUGCUCAGCAUUGCUGAGGAAUUCCGCAGACAGGGAGUCCAGUUCGACGACCAAGGACGACGCAUCAACUAA